AGUCUCCCAUUGGUCAGAUGCACCCCCCCCACGGCAGCGCCACGCCUCAGAAGAACAGUAACCUGCUGGUGAUCAUCGUGGUGUCGGUGGGGGCCAUCACUGUGGUGGUGGUGGUCAUCGUGGCCCUCAUCUGCACCCGGCACUCUUCCGCCCAGCAGAGGAAGAAGAGAGCAAGCCACAGUGCCAGUAAGAGGAAAGGCAGCCAGAAGGACCUGCGACCCCCUGACCUGUGGAUCCACCAUGAGGAGAUGGAGAUGAAGAACAUGGAGAAAGCUCCAAGCAUCGCCCCGUCCGGACGUGAUUCGCCCAUCCAGUCCUGCCAGGACCUCCCCCAAGUGGCACACAGCCAAUCAGAGAGCCAGAUGGGCAGUAAGAGCAGCCACUCAG